CCCAGUAGUAUUACUAGCUGCAACAUCAACGAGCCAAGUUCCCGAGCAUGGUAUUUCGCGAAGUCUACCUGGUAAUUAACACAAAGUGGAAGAUUUGGCCCAUCAAGGAGUUUCCGAGGAAUGACAGCAAGGAAUACUCAGUUGCUGUGGAUCACCUCAAAGGAGCUGUCGAUAAGCACGAAAGGCUUCAAGAGGUUGCUGACAAGAUCAAUUAUCAACCGGCUAUGGUAGGGACCACUCAUAAAAAGGCCCAAGCAUCAAUCAUUGUUCUUUGUCGUUAAGAACACUCGGACAACCUUAAGUCUCUCUUCAACAACAAGUUUCUCAGUCGAAUCAAAUGCAAGAGUCGGUACUAUAAAUUGGGUUGGUUGUCGACUUCUAGUAUGCUCAGCUCCAACGACGAAGAAGAGGCUAUGCUGUGGUUAUACAUCUGGCCGUGCAGCACGGAUCCAACAAUUCGCAAUUCAGGCUUCGAAGUUGAACCCGUCAAUAUCACGCUGCCAUCCUCCGGAACAGUCUGUGGUGCUUUAGUAGAGUACUGCAAUCGUAAAGCGACCAUCGGCCUAGUUCUCGAGGUUGACGGUACCACCCGUCUUCUUACGGUUGAGCACCUUUUCAACACCGAAAGCUUGGUCACAAAGAGCCUACAAGAGCAGACUCUGCAAAAUGCUACCGAGUGGGCAUUUGACAGCGAUGAGUCGGAAGGGAGCGGCUGGGGUUCAGAAAACCCCGACAUCUCCGAAGACAGCGAAUCUGAGGAAAGUUUGGGUACAAUCUUCAAAGACAACUUCAACGCCACCAAAGGAUUGGACAUCAACUCACAGCCGGAGGCCUGGAAGACGCCGACUCCACGAUACUCCAAGCUCGAAUUAUUCCCAACAUAA